AUGGUUAUGAAUGGCUGGACCCUCAAGUAUUACGAGCAGCCCCAAGGUGCUCAGCGACCAUGGUGGGAAAGGAUAAAACUUAUGCUCAGCAGGCGGUCUGGCGGUGUGUAUGGAGUACGUGUCCAGAAGUGCCUAUCCCACCUCGACGGCGAAUCGGUUAAGCAGGCUGGCCAGGAGUUCCACAUCAGCAUGGGCAAUGAGAUGGCGGAUACGUUGGCGCAGCGAGGAGCAGAAGAGGCAAUGGCAGAAAUACGGCAGGAGGUCAAGGCGGUGGUGGAAGUGGAGACUACACUUAUGAGGGCCCAAAGGCGGGCAGCAGCGAUCAUCCACGAGGUGUGCAAGGAUGCGGACCCCACCAAGCUUGAGAGGCCCAAGCAGAUGCCUAAGAAAAUAGCAAAGGAAAGAAGAGAUCAGAUCGAGAAGGAGUCGGGCCACAUAUUGCGAAAGAAGAAAGGGCAAUGGGUAUGCCAAGAGUGUUGGCUAACCCCAGGCAAGUACAGCGUGGUCGACUGGAUGAAGGCUAACGUGUGCAUCGGGAAGCAGUACGAGACUCACCGAGCAGAUCAUGGACAUGCAGUCCGUGUUCCCAACAACGAGCUGAGUGAGAUCAAAGACAAAGUGAUCCACGACAGCCACAGCAUUGCAGUGGCCCAUGGGCAGUUCUGGUGCUGGAAUUGUGCUGCGGUGGCUUCGCACAACGACUACGGACACGGCAGAGUGAACCUACAGGCGACGGAGUGCAGGAACAAGAUCACGCAGAGCGGGACUACUGAUUACCACCAAAGGCUGGCCAGAAUUGGCCAGAUGGGACGAUCCCGCCUAACGGCGGGCGGCUACCACGAGUUGCAGCUGGGCGACGACCUCGUGGUUGACCUCAUGGCACGGGGCUACGGCCCCGCAGAGAUACUCUGGCCUGGAGUGCCA